AUGGAUGAUGAUGAAAAGAAGGAUAUGUGCCCGAUCUGUAAGACAGAUCGGUAUUUAUCUCCUGAUAUGAAAUUUCUAGUGAACCCUGAGUGCUAUCAUAAAAUCUGUGAAUCAUGCGUGGAUCGUAUCUUUAGCUUAGGACCAGCACAGUGCCCAUACGAAGGUUGCGACAAGAUUUUGAGGAAGAACAAGUUUAAGACACAAGUUUUCGAUGACGUUCGUGUGGAAAAAGAAGUAGACAUCCGAAAACGGGUGUUUAAUGUAUUCAACAAGACGCUCGAUGAUUUCGAUGGGGAUUUGCCAUCUCACAAUAGGUAUUUGGAGGAAGUAGAGGACAUUGUCUACAAUUUGGAUAACGGCAUCGACGUGGCAAACACGGAAGAAAAACUGCGUACCUACGAGGAACUGAAUAAACAGUUGAUUAUGGCGAACAUGAAGCGCAGUCGGCAAGAUCUAGACAAUUUUGAACAGAGACAAAAGUUCGAGAAAGAAAUGAAAUUGAGGAAGAGACAAUUGGAACGUCAAAUUGAGGAAGAGGAGCUUGCGAACCGCGAAUGGGCGCGCAAAGAGAUCGUCAACCAGCUUUCCACCGCAGACGAUCCUGAUGAUGUGAUUGCACAUGUGAAGAAAACCGUGACGCUGAAAAAGUCGUCUGCGAGACGGAAACUGGAGGAGCUCAACAAGGUUUUGAAAAACAACCCUUACAUGACUGUAUCCAACGGCCAGAUGAAGAAGAAGGAAAACGUACCUUUCACGCCUUUCAACGGUGAUCGCGAUUUACACAAGCGUUACGUUCUAUCAGAAGCACACUACGAAGACCCGUUUAUCAAGAGUCUGCAGACCAAAAAAGAAUAUAUUGCAUCGGGUUUCCGCGCAGAUUAUGUGUACGACCGAAUGCUAACAGAAGCAUUCAUGGGUCUUGGUUGCAUAAUUGGCGAAGAAUUGCAAAGCCCUUUGCCCAACAGUGUUCCGGGAUAG